AUGAUGAAAUCCUUCUCCACGUGCUUAGCGGUCGUUAGCGUCUUUCCAUGGAUGGUGAACGCACUGCCCAGCCCUGAAGAUCUCGCGGCCCUCGCCUACAGAGCUUGGGAUUUCCGUUUGCUCAGUGAAGCACCACCGAUAUGCAAUAGCUCCGUGAACAAUAUACAAUACUCUAUUCUCCACUACUCGGGUGCGAAAUCGCGUGACUGUCAGGCAUUGGACACUGCUCAAUUCAACUCAACGAACAUCAAGAGUAUCUCGUGGAAGAGUCCGUCGGAGGAGAACCGGUACGAUCUUUGCAUGUUCACCUCGUCUGAUUGUUCUGGUGGUGAGGAUGGACUGCUAGGGAGCAUUACCAAUGGGUGGGAUGUGUGUUAUUUGUACAAUGGGUUCAAGGCAUGGACUGUUGUUCCCAAUGGGAAUCCUUGUGUUCCAGUUGCGGGUGGUGAGGAUGAAGGUGGGGAGAAAUAG